GAAAGCUCCACUGAAUACAGAGUAGUGGUCUUUCUAUGAGCUUUUCUGGUUUCACAUUUCGCAUAUUGAUAACAAACUCAGAGGAGGAUGGCUGUACUGCUCCGACUGCAUGGCAUUCGUUUGACGAUCCUCGUAAUUGCCUUUCAUUCUCUCUGUGCAUUAGACCCAUGCGAUGAAGAACUGACAAGGUUGAGGGAGCAAGAGAAGCUUCUGAAAAGUCAGCUUCAACAACAAGUCCUCCUCCUACGCAGGCUACGACUGUUUAACCAAGCUGACAACGAGGCAAAUACCACAGUUGACCAAACCCAUAAAACGCAGCAAGAAGACUGUUCCCGUAUUUACAGUUCUGGCUCUAAAGCCACCGGUUACUACAACAUCCAACCCCGUGGCACCACUUCUCCAGUCAGAGUCUACUGUGAUAUGAAUGAAGGAGGUGGUUGGACUGUGAUACAAAAAAGGAUCAAUGGAAUAGAACAUUUUAACAGAUCAUGGGUGGAAUAUAAAGUUGGUUUUGGAAACAUGAUUGCAGACCUUGGGGAGUUUUGGCUUGGGAAUGACAACCUGCAUUCUAUCACUGCACAAGGCAAUUACACACUAAGGAUUUAUCUGGAAGACUUUGAUGGUAACCAACGCUAUGCUGAGUAUAGGAACUUCCAAGUUGCAGAUGAAAAGGAUAGCUACAGACUCACUUUCGGCACAUACACUGGCACAGCAGGAGACGCUCUCUCUGGGAAUUACCAGGCCGGUGUGUCAGACUGGGCCAGUCACCAGGGCAUCCAAUUCAGCACUUAUGACAAGGACAACGACAACUACCAAGGCAGUUGUGCACAGGAAGAUAAAGGAGGCUGGUGGUUCAACAAGUGCCACUCAGCCCAUCUCAAUGGCAAGUACUACCCCGGUGGAUACUAUAGUGGACUGACGGAUGACGGUGUCGUUUGGUACACAUGGAGAGGGUGGUGGUAUUCCCUGAAAACCACCAUCAUGAAACUACGACCUGACGACUUCAAAAUUGAACCUUUGGACGACCCCAACGUUGUUCGCAGAGAUCCUCCAUCUUAAGUCGAACUUGGGUUCAUAAAACGACAGCGGUGCCUUGAAAUACGAUUUUAAUUUGUAACUCAAAACACUCGUAUCUCAAAUCAUCUUUCCCCUUUGAAAUGAGUUGAAAUGCCAUUAAUCUGUUCCAGACUCCCCCCAAAAAUUGCUUUUUUUUUGGUGAUGGUUUCUAAUAAGCAAAAUAGCACUCUGAUAUUGUACUUUAUAUACACAUACAGUAAUAGCAAUACAACAGUUUGUGGCAAUGCACAUGCAAUUACAUUUAUUUUGAUCAUUCGCUUGAAAGUGGAUCUAGUUUUUCAAAAGUUCAAUUUAUCCAAAUAUAAUUUUUAAAAAUGAGCUUACACAUUUUUGCAGCUUCAACACAAUAAAUAAACAGUUCACAACAGCAUAUGGAGAUAGGGCAUAGUUUUCUGAAAUAUAAAACACAUUUAAAAAUAAAAAAUAAAAAAACUAAACACUUUUGUUCGUUGCCUGGUGAUUAAAACAAAGCUAGCCAACAAACCAGUUCUGUAAUAUAUUGUAGCAUGAGUAAGCAAUAAAACAUAUGAACACUGCCUUUUGUCUUAGAUUGUUCUGGGAUCCUACUUACUGUAACAUUCAUUGUCACAACAGAAUUUAUAUAACACAAGAGGUAAUGGCUUCCUGCGAGCAUCUUUCAGCCUUGAGUUCAACUAAACAACCCAGAUUUUACCUUGAGUAUGUCAAUUUUGGAGUCAAUUGUGAGGAGAGCAUUAUUUAUUUUUGGAUACUUUUUGGAACAUUUGGCAACCUUGUCGGGAGUUUAGCCAUGCAACAAGUGGAUAAAUGGUGACAACAUAGCUACUGUAAAUGGACCGCAGCCACCACAGGCACUGGCUGAAUGGCUUUCAAUCAUUGUUAUCGUUGUGUUAAGUUCUACCGGUGCUUUUGGAGAACCAUCACCACGUACUCAUGGUAUGACAAAAAACGUUCAGGGGGGGCACACAAGACAAUAAAGGUUGGCAACCACUGGCUUAGGGGCAAUUAUUUUCAAUGUCAAUGCAUUCUGGCCCGUGGCUCCAUGUAAGCAACACCCCCACCACUAUCUCCUGCUACAGGAUCUUGCCUCACCACCACUUAAAGUGGCCUGUCUGCCCAAACCAGGUAUUUUACAUACCUACCCGGGGAAUGUUGUAACCAUCUUUCAAUGUUUCUCUCAGGCUACAGCUUGAGGUACCCGUAUAGGUGAUUUACAAAUCAACAUUCAGUUUCUCUGUCGUGGUCAUUUUGUUGAUAAAAAGAAAAAAAAAAGUUCAUUCUGCACUCUCACAUGAUUUCUCAGUUCCUCAGGCAAUGUGUUGCAAUCUGGAUUUGACAUCGCCUCCAUACUGUAAUGCAUAUGUUCCCUUUGUUCCAUUGUUAUUGUUCGUCAUCACCGUCAAAUAAGGAUUGUCGAUCAUUGUAUGGAUCACUGAUGGUGUAAUGUUACUCAUCUGGCGUUGGUGCUGGGAGAGCGGGUUCAAUUGCUUCACACUCAGUGCCGGUCUGGGUGUGAAAAUGGCCGCCUGUCCCUAUGUGUGCCCUAAGAUUCAACGACAACCAGUCCAGGCUGUCUUUCGCCUGAGCACAUCUGGGAUAUGCUCCAAACACGAUCAGGUCUAAAGACUAUCACAAACACUAACCUACAUUUACAGCCUUCAUUCUAAUAUUUGCUUCAUUAAAUUGUAUUAAUUUAUCCUCAA